AUGGCCUCCAAGAUCAAAAUGAAUGUCCAGAGCUUUCCUCGCCCGCCGCGGCUGGAGAAAAUAUCUCGACAAUUGCAGGUAGUGUACAAGGGGCAGACGAUAGCUGACACUAAGGAGGCGUAUUGGGCUUUGGAGACUCACCAUCCACCAACGUAUUACCUCCCACAGUCAGCCGUCAGCAUCCCCCUGAGUACAACCCAGAAGAAGACCUUCUGCGAGUGGAAGGGAAUGGCGACGUACUACACAGUCCAGCUUCAGGACGGCAAAACCGUCGCCAACCGGAUCUGGUCCUACGAUAAGCCGACUUCACCGUUUGAGCCUAUCCGGGGGUAUUUGUCGUUUUACGCAGAACCGUGGGAUUGUUACGUUGAUGGUGAAAAGGUUGAGCCGCAGCCUGGUGACUUUUAUGGCGGAUGGGUGACUUCUGAGAUUGAGGGUAUCGUCAAGGGACGGACUGGAAAUCUAGAUCCUGUAGUUUGA